ACACACACACAAACUGCUGCACUUGUGAACACCCACUUUUUUCACCAAGAAGCGUUUUUAACUACCCAGCAUACAGUGAGUUUGACUGCGUCUUCAGUUACUCUAAAGCCUAACGAAACGCUUAACCCAGGAACAAAGAGGCGAAACUGAACAAAAGUGUGAAGCGGAGAAGCAGUUGGGGUUGUUUUUUGGCGGUGGAGGGUCCCACGUGCCUGGGAUCUGAAGGCAGCCUGUGCCCUGGCUGAACGCGGGGGAUUGUACAUGGUGAAUUUCAUUUGUUAGCUUCAGUCCUGCUCUGCCAAAUCUCACAGCAUGUCGGGUGCCUACGAUGAGUCCGCCAUGUCCGACGAGACCACGGACAGUUUCUGGGAGGUUGGGAACUACAAGCGUACAGUAAAGCGAAUCGAGGAUGGCCAUCGACUCUGCAAUGACAUGAUGAGUUGCAUCCAGGAGCGUGCCAAGAUCGAGAAGGCCUAUGCGCAGCAGCUCACCGACUGGUCCAAGAGGUGGAGGCAGCUGGUGGAGAGAGGGCCGCAGUACGGGACUUUGGAGAGAGCCUGGGUCGCUCUGAUGACAGAAGCAGAAAAGGUGAGCGACUUGCACCAGGAGGUGAAAAAUAACCUGCUGAACGAGGACUUAGAGAAGGUGAAGAACUGGCAGAAAGAGGCCUACCACAAACAAAUGAUGGGCGGCUUCAAAGAAACCAAAGAGGCAGAAGAGGGUUUCCGGAAAGCCCAGAAACCUUGGGCCAAAAAACUCAAAGAGUUGGAAACAGCAAAGAAAGCGUACCACAUGGCCUGCAAAGAAGAAAAAAUUGCAUCCACAAGGGAGGCCAAUAGCAAAGGAGAGGCAUCAGUCACAUCAGAUCAGCAAAAGAAACUCCAGGAGAAGUUAGACAAGUGCAAAAACGACGUUCAAAAGGCCAAAGAGAAAUACGAGAAGAGCCUUGAUGAGCUCAGCAAGUGCACGCCGCAGUACAUGGAGAACAUGGAGGUGGUGUUUGAGCAGUGCCAGCAGUUUGAGGAGAAGAGGCUGAACUUCCUCCGGGAAGUGCUUCUGGAUAUCAAACGCCAUCUUAACCUCACCGAGAGCCAAAGCUAUGCUGCAGUCUACGGGGAACUAGAGCGAACCAUCGCCUCAGCCAGUGCUCAAGAAGACCUCAAGUUGUUCAGCAACGUCCACGGGCCAGGCAUGCACAUGAACUGGCCGCAGUUUGAGGAGUUCAACCCAGAGCUGAGCCACUCCAUUAAUAAGAAAGAGAAGGUGAAGAGGAACCAUGAUGGAGUCACGUUGACUCAAGUCACACAUGGUGUAGAUCAGGGCACACCGCAGACUGCAAACCGGGGCAGCGUGAGCAGUUCUGAGAAGAACCAGCAGUAUUCUGCCGAAUGGUCCGAUGACGAGCAGCCGCCUGCGGCUCAACCAGCCAGCGAAACAAAUGGCGGUGAAAAUCCGUUCGAAGAGGAGAGUAAAGGAGUGCGAGUGAGAGCGCUGUAUGACUACGAGGGCCAAGAACAAGAUGAGCUCACAUUUAAAGCAGGAGAAGAGCUGACCAAACUGGAGGAUGAGGACGACCAGGGUUGGUGCAGAGGCCGGUUGGACAGCGGUCAGCUAGGCUUGUACCCAGCUAACUACGCCGAGCCCGUUUAGUUGCCUUGUGCGGUGAAGAAGGCCUUAAAGACUUUACCCCGCACUGCUCGAAUGCGAGAUUUCAGAGAAACGACAAUUUCCUUGCCUGAUUGACUUGCUGAGAAGCUUCACGCAGCAUUUCCUUAAUACCAUAACGAAUAAAACCUACAGUAUCCGAAACACAUAUCGUACCCCAGCGAGAGCAGGGAAUGAUUCUGUGCGUCUAUGUAGCCAUGUUCAGUAUGAAUUAUUGUGCUGCUGACAUGUGUUCGCGUAUGGUCUCCUGUAACAAUAUUAAUGUGAUGACGUCCAUGAAGCCUAGCAUAGCGAGAAUCAGCUAUGCAAUGUGUAUACUAGACUUUUAUUUUGAAGUGGAGGUUCUGUGUUAAACCUAGUGGCUCUUUCUCCUGUAUCAACAUGAAACGGCAUUUUCAAUCUAUUUCGCUUACAUAAUUUGAGGUAUUUAUGGAUAUUCAAUGAGAAAAAUGUAGAGCGGGACUUGCUUUUAUGCUAAUUGGAUGUGAAAAGAGGGCGUUACAUACUAGAAUGGAUCCAUGUAGUUGAGGGGUGGGGCUUGAUGACAUCAUUCAACAAGGAGAGUUGUUGUAGAGGCGGAGCAUUUUUAUUUUUUUUACAUAUUUUUCUCGACGAAUUGUGCACAAUAAGACCAGAAACGUGUGUA